CCUCGGCGGCCGGGGGGAGUUCCGCGGGGCCGGCCGGGAUCGGAGCGAGGUCCCCCGGGAGGCUCCGAGGGCACGCGGGACACGGCCCCGCCAGGCAGCCUCCAGGAGAUCUGGGGGAGACGGGGACCGUGGAGCUCUGGAUCGGAAAGGAGCGGGCCGCGGAAGCCCCGAUGAGAGCGGAUCUGCCCCUCGGCGGCCGGGGGGAGUUCCGCGGGGCCGGCCCGGAUCGGAGCGAGGUCCCCCGGGAGGCUCCGAGGGCACGCGGGACACGGCCCCGCCAGGCAGCCUCCAGGAGAUCUGGGGGAGACGGGGACCGUGGAGCUCUGGAUCGGAAAGGAGCGGGCCGCGGAAGCCCCGAUGAGAGCGGAUCUGCCCCUCGGCGGCCGGGGGGAGUUCCGCGGGGCCGGCCGGGAUCGGAGCGAGGUCCCCCGGGAGGCUCCGAGGGCACGCGGGACACGGCCCCGCCAGGCAGCCUCCAGGAGAUCUGGGGGAGACGGGACCGUGGAGCUCUGGAUCGGAAAGGAGCGGGCCGCGGAAGCCCCGAUGAGAGCGGAUCUGCCCCUCGGCGGCCGGGGGGAGUUCCGCGGGGCCCGGCCCGGAUCGGAGCGAGGUCCCCCGGGAGGCUCCGAGGGCACGCGGGACACGGCCCUGCCAGGCAGCCUCCAGGAGAUCUAGGGGAGACGGGGACCGUGGAGCUCUGGAUCGGAAAGGAGCGGGCCGCGGAAGCCCCGAUGAGAGCGGAUCUGCCCCUCGGCGGCCGGGGGGAGUUCCGCGGGGCCGGCCGGGAUCGGAGCGAGGUCCCCCGGGAGGCUCCGAGGGCACGCGGGACACGGCCCCGCCAGGCAGCCUCCAGGAGAUCUGGGGGAGACGGGGACCGUGGAGCUCUGGACCGGAAAGGAGCGGGCCGCGGAAGUCCCGAUGAGAGCGGAUCUGCCCCUCCGCGGCCGGGGGGAGUUCCGCGGGGCCGGCCGGGAUCGGAGCGAGGUCCCCCGGGAGGCUCCGAGGGCACGCGGGACACGGCCCCGCCAGGCAGCCUCCAGGAGAUCUGGGGGAGACGGGGACCGUGGAGCUCUGGACCGGAAAGGAGCGGGCCGCGGAAGUCCCGAUGAGAGCGGAUCUGCCCCUCGGCGGCCGGGGGGAGUUCCGCGGGGCCGGCCCGGAUCGGAGCGAGGUCCCCCGGGAGGCUCCGAGGGCACGCGGGACACGGCCCUGCCAGGCAGCCUCCAGGAGAUCUAGGGGAGA